CGUGUUAUUCAUAAAUGAUGUUGAUUAUGUUUACAUCUUCUUUCCUUCUUUUAUUAUUAUUACAUUCUUUUCUACUUUUCAUAUUAUUCUAGUUCACGAGCUUGUAAUCUGAUAUAAUGUUCUUUCAUUUGAUUUGAAUAAUUUUUUAGUGCCAAAUCUCAACAAAAUCUCGUUUAUCUCUUCUCGUGAUAAUCCAUUGUAGUUUAUCCCUUAAUACAUAGUAACAUGUGAUUAAUAUGGUUUCAAAUAAGAAGAUUAUCUUUAAGUUAGCUUAGACAUCAUUAACAACAAGACUACAAGACAAAUUAUUUCAUAUACUCUAAUUUCCAACCAGAUGGCUGAAUAUCACUGCUAAAAACACUUAAACAUGUAGAAUGCAUGUGGAAAAAUGUGCCUAACUUGAGUUCCAUGUGGAAUUAGCUCUGACAUUCGUACUUUUCCACGUAUGUUUGAGCAUCAACAAGGGGAAUUCAAUAAGAAAUAGGUUGCAGAUUGCCAGAUUAUCUUAACAAUGAUCAAAGAAAGCUUACAACUUAUGUAUACUUUACCUAAACAAGUAGCUGGCCUAAACCUUUUUCCUUCCAGUGUAAUAACAUCCAAAUUGUGAUUCUUCUUCUGCUAGACUUAACACUAAAAGCUGUAGGUUAAAAAAGUAAUCCUGUUUCUUUUAAAGAAGAAAGAGAAUUAAGAGUAUCCACACAAUCAAACUAAUGUGAUAUUAGUUCUUCAACAAGGAUAAUUCUAAAUGACUUGCCACAGCUAACCAACUAGUGCAAAUCAAUCACUAGCUACAAAUCCAAUGCAUGUAAAUCAUCCAAGUAACACAUCUUGUUAUUACGUGUUGUACAUAUACUUUUAUCGAAGUAGUCCUUUACACUCAUGCAACUAACAUUCAAUCACUUGUCAUCCCAUUGCAUAAGAGUUUGUUAUUUAUAAAAGAUACCAUUAUUUGAAAGUAUCGGUUCCAUCAGAAGUGCCUCUCUGCAUAAAAAUGUGCUCACUUGAUUAAAACAACUACUACCGAGACACUUACACAAUAAAGGAACAAGCAUAUCAAUAUACAAGCAUACAUCCAUUCAUGAGCACAUACAAGAAGAUAUGCAUACGCAUGCAAACAUAAGUCCAUCAGAAGCAUCAUUACGAGACAAAGUUCAGGGGCAAGAAUGAAGAUUCUCAGACUGAUGUAGAACUGAUGAAAGACAUGGGCAUGGAUGCAUACAGGUUCUCUAUAUCAUGGCCAAGGAUCUUCCCAAAUGGAACUGGAGAACCAAAUCCAGAAGGAAUACAACAUUAUAAUAGUGUCAUAAAUACUUUGCUAGAAAAAGGUAUACAACCAUAUGUGACACUCUAUCACUGGGAUCUUCCUCAGGCAUUACAAGAUAGAUAUGGUGGAUGGUUGAACAAACAAAUAAUCAAGGACUUCGAUCAUUUUGCCCAUACUUGCUUCAAAGCUUUUGGAGAUAGAGUGAAGCAUUGGAUUACCUUUAAUGAGCCACACGGUCUCUCGAUUCAAGGUUACGACAAUGGAGUGCAAGCUCCAGGAAGGUGCUCUAUCCUAUCUCACUUGUUAUGUAGAGAGGGUAAAUCAUCAACUGAACCAUACAUUGUUGCUCACAACAUCCUACUAUCUCACGCUGCUGCAUUUCACACCUACAAGUGCCAUUUUAAGGAAAAGCAGGGGGGGUUUAUUGGGAUUUCCUUAGAUUCCAAGUGGUAUGAAUCGAUAUCUGAUGCUGAUGAAGACAUUGAUGCAGCUCAAAGAGCAAUGGAUUUUGAACUUGGAUGGUUCUUGGAUCCCUUAAUCUUUGGGCACUAUCCUCUCUCAAUGCAGAGUCUUGUAGGCGACAGACUGCCCCAGUUUUCAACAGAGAUGUCAAAAUUAUUAGUCGGUUCACUGGAUUUUGUAGGAAUAAAUCACUACACAUCAUUAUAUGCUAAGAACGACAGAAUCAAAAUAAGAAAGCUUAUUUUGAGCGAUGCUUCAAGUGAUGCUAAUGUUAUCACAACUCCUUUUAGGCAUGGAAAACUAAUUGGAGAAAGAGCGGCAUCCCGCUGGUUGCACAUAGUACCAUGGGGUAUCCGCAAGUUAAUGAAACAUGUUAAGGAAAAAUAUGGAAACCCACUAGUUAUUAUAACAGAAAAUGGUAUGGAUGAUCCGAACAGACAUUUUGUGAGCUUAGACAAAGCACUGCAAGAUGAUAAGAGGAUACGCUACCAUGAUGACUAUCUCUCAAACUUACUUUCUGCAAUAAGGGAGGAUGGAUGCAAUGUCGGUGGUUACUUCGUAUGGUCGCUGCUCGAUAACUGGGAAUGGAACUCGGGAUACACUGUCCGGUUCGGCCUCUAUUAUAUUGACUAUAGAAACAACCUCACAAGAAUACCAAAAGCUUCAGCUCGAUGGUUUAAACAAGUUCUGCAGAAAACAUAUAAGUGAUAUCAAACAGCUUCUUCAUCGGAAUGUUUUCAUAUUUUUAUUAUACCAACAUUGUAAAUUGUUGCACACUAUCUCCACAAAAUUCAUGAGAUGGAUGACCCUUCUCUAUUGUUAUUAGAAAAUGAGCAUUUGUUCGAGAACUCUAAUUCCGACACCUUGUGUAUUGAAAGUGGCUCAAUUUGUAAGCAAAAUUAGAUUUUUCGACCUCCGAAGAACAAAAUCUUCAACA